AUGGGACUUGCAUCAAUAGAAAAUAAUGUUGAUGUAUUGAAAUUUGUUGAAGAUGUUAAAGGAUAUAACUUGGUUGAUGUGUAUGUUAAGCAUAGUGUUGAUAUCCCUAAUAUAGUAGAUGAGGAAGAGUGGGGACGAGAUGGGCCAAGUUAUGAUAAUUAUGAUGUAGUUGAGGUUGAUAAUGAUGUUGAGGGAGAGAAAGACAAAGAUCUUGAGCAUAAUGAGGUUGAUGAUGAGGGUGAUAAAGACAAAGAUUUUGAGCAUAAUGAGGUUGACGAUGAGUGUGAUAAAGACAAAAAUUCUAAGCAUAAUGAGGUUGAAGAUGAGAGUGGGAACAAUGCUGAGGAUUCUAUAUACUUUAAUUGA